CUUCUCUGAAGCCUACGUGGCUUACCUGCAUGGAGUAACUGUGUCUUCACGGUAUAGCCAAACUGAUGCCUCUCACUGACAGUUAUUUGUAAUUUAUCUGCAAACAGCAAUUGAAGUUCAUCCGACGGAGCAUCAGCUGAAUUUCCAAGAUGGGAUGGAAAAGCUCGCUAACUAUUCAUGUUGGAUUUUGGUUCUACUUAGUAGCAGGAGGACUGGUUUAUUACUACAUCGAAAAUCCAAUGUACCACCUCCCACCAGUGGAAAAACCGAUGACAAUAAACAUCAGUUUCUGUCAGCAUCUGAUGAAUUCAGUUGAAUAUUCCGCAUCAGUCAGUAGAGGCGGCGCGAAUUAUGAAAACGACCAUUUUGAAAUAUGGUUCGGGGUGGUCAGAGAAUCUUGCAACAACCUGACUGUGAAGUUGGAAAAUGUCACUGAUGUGAACGAUACUGGAGAUGUCGCCUGGGAGUUUUCAAGCGCUCUCUUUCUGUGCAUGAACAUUCUCACCACUAUCGGCUACGGAAAUUUUAGUCCAAAAAGCGAUUGGGGGAAAAUAUUUUGCAUAUUUUACGGAUUCGUCGGGAUCCCGAUAUGCGUAGUGUUCCUCGCUUCGACUAGCGACUACUUCAGCAACAUGUUUUUGUACUUGUACGAACGCCGACAGAAUAAAAAGAAAAAUGACGAUAAGCGGCAAAGCAUCUUUAUCGCAGCCAUCUUCUUUCUUAUUCCGGGAUUGGCUGUCUUCAUCUUCUUUCCGUCCGCAAUAUUCGUUUUUAUAGAGGGCUGGUCUUACUUGGAUGCAACAUAUUUUUCCUUUUUGACACUCACAUCGGUCGGAUUUGGAGACAUUGUUGCGGCUCAGCAAACGAAUGGCAAGCUGUUGUGGCUGUACCGAAUUUCCUGGAUUAUCUGGGUUACGCUGGGCAUUGCGUAUUGGGCGAUUGUCAUCAAUUUCAUCACUAAGGCUCUAAAGUCUAAAAAUGUUAGGGAAAAGUGGGAGAAAACGAGCCAUGCACUCGCUGUGCAAGCGAAAGAAGUGCGGCGAGUUGUACGUUCAUUUUCCAACAAUACGUUGCAACUUAGUCAUUCUGGACAAAAUUCAUCAAACGAAUUUAUUGCUCUCAAAUCCAAAACGGUAUUCGAUUUUGCCCAUCACUUCACGGAUUCCAUGGGAAAAGCAUUGACUAACCCUGAACGUAAGCGUUCUUCUCUUACCGAUUUUGUAACGGCUUUCCAAUCCGGAAGCGGAUUGGUCCUGCAACAACAACAAUCAGUUGUGAAUUACAACCCCGAUGUAACUGAAUCCAUUCCUAGAUGGGAAUUAGGAGGACGUCGUCAAUCUGAGCAAUCUCCCGUUUCCGCUAAAGAUAUAAUUGAUACCUACACUCAAAACGAUGGCUCCUAUCCUUGGCUAUCAUUUGGUAACGCCCAGACUGGAUCCGCAAAUGCUGAUGAUAACGUGUCCCUUCCCAGUGUCUAUCUGUCUGCAAAUCCUUCAAGAAAAACAUCAGAAACAAAGAAUGAUUUUCCUUCUCGUUGGUAUGAUGAUGACGCAUCAAUCCGCAGUACCUAUCUGUCUUUGAAUCCUUCAAGGAAAACAUCGGAAACAAACAACGACCAUCCGAACAUGUCUCAAACCUCGAUUGAAAACCCUCCACUUCGAAACCUUCUCAUUGAAGCGUUGAUGAUCCUGAAUGAAGCUGAAACUAACGGAACAGUUCUCGAUCAGUGACAAUAGUAUUUCUGCAUACGACCGAUU